AUGAGUGACGAGACAAUCUUGCACCAGACAGCAGCGAGCCACGGUGAUGAUGAUGUUGAGAAACUGAGAAAUUUUUUCGAAAAGUUCAUGUUGGAGGAAGGGGUUGGUGUUGAGGAGUUGAGAAUUCUUUUCGAAAAACUCAUGUUCAGCAAUGAAGGAGCGGGUGUUGACGAGUUGAGAAAAAGUUUAGAAGAAUUCAUGUUCAAGGAAGCAGCGGGUGUUGAUGAGAAAAAGGAAGAUGAUGAGUCCCGAGAAGAAGCCGAGGAGAAUCAACAAAAACAAGAGAAAACAAUUGCAGCUAGAUUGAAACAGAGGUGUGCAUUAAGGCCUAAACUGCCGGUGCUUAAUUUGAAAUCGGAUCGGAAUACUGUACCGGUGCCAAAGCAAUGGAGUAAGAAAGGGGUAGAAUUGGAGGGUGAAAGUGGAAUCGAGAAGCCACCUUAUCGGCUUCCUAGUUACAUUGCUGCAACUGGAAUCGAGAAAAUUAGACAGGCGUGGAUUGAGAAAGAAGAUAGUAACAAGUUGGGGGCAAUGGAUAUUGAUUAUCAGGUACUUUAUGAUGCCUUUUUCAAGUACCAGACUAAGCCAAAGCUCACAGCACUUGGUGAUCUGUACUAUGAAGGAAAAGAGUUUAAUCAGGUAAGCUUGAGGGAUCAGAUGAAAGACUGUGGGCUCCGAGAGCCAGUUGAUCAUGAGACAAAGCAUUGGGGUGAUUUGGAGGAAGAAGAAGGAGAAGAUUUAGAUGAUGACAUGGUUGCAGAUAGUGAGAAGAAGAGGAAGCGUAAGAUGAAGGAAAAGGAAGGCAAAUACAACAAGAAGGAUUUCAUGUUCUAA